UGGUACGUAUAAUCUAACCCAGAAAGACGGGAUGAGAAGGAAUUGAAUGUAUCGAUCAUCUCAUCUACGCAGCGACUACUACCGAUGUGCAUUGGUAUCGGGUACGCAUGGAAAUCCCAAUAGCAAAGAGUCAGUCCGUAAGCAUGUCAUACUUAUCCAGGGCCGGCAAAGCAGCGGUGCCCGCUAUUCGCGACAAUCGCGUGGAAGGUGAAAUGCAAAAGAAGACAGAGAAUAAAAAAGCAAUUAACUUGCCCUACAUAUGCCUUCUGCUGCUGCUGCUGCUACUGCUACUGCUGAUGCAAUGCAUGAACUUUGCCGGUGUUCAGAUCAUCUCAUGCACCAAGUGAAGAGGGGACGAAGGAGCAGAUUGCAUCCGAUAUCGAGUCAGAAGCAAAUCAGCAGUGAACAACAAAGACAAGGGAAGCAAACCCAAUCGGAUACGAGCCAAAAAGACAACUUGAAACAAUACCCUAGAAGCAGUAGUAUUCUUUCUUGGUGUUCUUUUUCUGUCUCAAUUUCUCAUUGGGCUAAGGCGAAUCCUCAUGGUGAUUUGGAAUUGCAGCAAAGGAGGCGAACAUGUACGGUGUGCAGGAGUGGGUGGGAAGGGAAGAGUUGGGUGUGGGUAUGGAACCUGACCGUUAUUCAACCCGGGGUCCUGGAUAGGAUCAGGCCGGGGGAAAGGGGGUGGGUGGUCCGCGGCAGACAGACACGUGAAUGCAGUCGACAAGUCCUAAAUCUGAUUUCUCAUUUCGAAAUUUGCCAUCAGAACAAGGAGAAGGAGCAUCUCGGGCCUGCCGUGACUGGCGACCUGUCCCCAUUCCGGGUAAUCGCUCGUCUUGCGAUGACGAUGCCGAGUGGCCAUUCUGGCGGUGUACACCAGCCCCGGGUCCAAUUGAAAGAGGCGAGAGAAGCGACCGGUGGAGUGGUGCUAAUUGAACGGAAAUUAAGACUUCGCCUCUUGAAGAAAUCAGCGCAUGCGGGCUGCUAUCUAGGGAAUUGGCCGUCAGCAAUGGGUUGAGUUGAUUCUUUUGGCUCUUACAAGGGAUCGGAUUGGACGUGAUGGUAGCUCGACCACAAUCAUAACCACACUGCU